CACACCGGCCGCGGGGCCAGCCAAUACGGUGCCUGCGGCUGGGGACGACGCCACGCGGGGAAAGAUGGCGUGCCGAGCGAGCAGCAGCAGGCCCCAGACGCCGCGGCGGCAGUGGCAGUGGGUCUCCAGCAGCGCCCGGUGACCAUCGUCCGACCCUCACCGCCAAGCCCAAGCCCCAGCCCGCUCGAUUCACCCGACGCGGCAUCGUCGCUCGUGUCCUUUUCCCUCUUCAUCACCCCGCCGUCCAGCCCGCCGCCGUUUUCCGACGUCGACGAGAGCGAUAGUAGCGCUAGCAUUCCGGAGCUCAGCAUCGGUUCGAGUUGCCGCCCAGACGAGAUUGUUGUUGUUGCGUCGGCGGUGAGGUCGGGACCGUUCACGUUCCAUUCGGCCAUGUCUGCACCGAGCGAAGACGGAGGGCCCGAGCGGAGGCCGCUGCUCGCCGCGGUGACUACGGGUGGAGAGCGGGAAUGGGAGGGCCGGGCGUCCGGUGAUGGGGUCGGGGACGCCGAUACUGAAGAGAGGGCGGUUGGUGGGGGAGUUGGGACGUUCACCCGCAACCUCGGCGCGGUCGAGGCGUUUGCCAUCGUCAUCAGCAUCGUCAUCGGUAGCGGCGUGUUUACGUCGCCCGGGUCGAUUGACACCAACGUGCCGUCCCCCGGUGCGGCGCUGCUGGUUUGGUUGGUCGGUGGUGUGUUGGCGUGGACGGGGGCGAGUACCAUGGCCGAGCUGGGCACGGCGAUUCCGGGUGAAGGGGGAGUGCAGCCGUAUCUCAAGUACAUCUUCGGGGAUGUGUUUGGGUUUCUGGCCGCGUGGACAUGGGUCGUUGCUGUCAUGCCUGCUACUCUGGCCAUCCUGAGCAUCGUCUUUAUCGAGAGCAUCUAUUCGGCCGCUGGAGUGACGGGCGAAGGAGACAGGAUUGUGCAUAAGUUGCUCUCGAUUGCAGUGCUAGCUUGCAUCGGCGUGGCCAACUCCAUCAGCACCAAGGCGAGCACACGGCUUAACAACUUCUUUGUCGCCACCAAGUUUAUCACCAUUGCGGCCAUCGUCCUGGCCGGAGUUGUCGUUGUCGUGCUACAGCUUGUCGACCCGAAUCGGCAGGUCGGCGGCGGGGACUGGAGAGAGAAGCCGUGGUUCGGGUACAGGGACAGUGUCAAUCCGGAUGGCAGUGUCACGCAUUGGGACGGUUUGGGGCAGUGGGAUAUGUUUGGGCAUCUCUCGGCGGCUUUGUAUGCAGCUUUGUGGGCAUACUCGGGAUGGGAUAAGGCCAUCUACAUCUCCGCGGAGCUCUCAGCUCCUGCUCGCCAACUGCCUCUGGCCAUCAACACCUCCCUUCCCAGCAUCAUUCUGUGUUUCCUCGCCGCAAAUGCGGUAUAUUACAUUCUGUUGCCCUGGAACGUGGUUGCAACAACCGACAGCGUAGCAGUGACGGCUAUCACACGCCUGCUCGGGCCCGGGUUUGGAAUUGUAGCGGCAGUUUUCAUUUGCCUCGUCGUUGCGGGUUCUCUGCUCGGCAACUCCUUCGUCGCUGGCCGCAUGGCCGUCGCGGCAGCAAACCAGAACUGGCUUCCUCGCCCCCUCGCCGUCGUCGGUCGGGUUGGGCCUGACCGAGAGCAUGCACAGAGUGACCCCGACAAGGAGUCUGAGCCCGACGCGCCCAUCAACGCCAUCAUUCUCUCGACAGCUCUCGCCGCCAUUUAUAUUCUGCUAGGCAACUUCCGCGCCCUUCUGACGUUCAAUGGGUUGGGAGAGUACACUUUCUUCUUUCUGACGGUCCUUGGCGCCAUCAUUCUUCGGUACCGCCAGCCUGAGUUGGCGAGGCCUUACAAGCCCUUCGUCUUGAUUCCCAUCAUAUUUGCCCUAGUGAGCGGGUUUGUCGUCGUCCGUGGAGCGGCAUUUGCGCCGACACAGGCACUCAUUUUGGUGGGGCUUUGGGCUUUAGGUUUGGUAUUUUAUUUCGUUCGGAGGCGUGGGGAAUAUAAUGGAGGACUGAUCCGUGUCGAGGAUGUUAGCAAUAAAGUCUUGCUGGAUGCUUUUAGCUGCGGUUGUUCAUCACAUCCAAAACAAGCUCGCCAAUACCACCCCAUGUCUCUCCCAGCCCUACCACGACGCGCAGCGUACAUCACGCUUAACACGCCACAACGGCGUAACGCCCUCUCCCUAACCGAGCUACGCUCCCUCCGCGACCAGCUCCUCAAAGCCAACACCUCCCCCACCACCGGCCGCACCCUCCUCCUCCCCCCCUUCAAGCCCUCCCUCCUCUCCAAACUCGAACGAUCCCACGCCACCCUCACCAACCCCCCCACCACCCCCCUCUCCACAGAAGAAGACGACUCGGACUACACCUGGCUCACCUCAUCCCGCACCUUCGCCACCGCGCGGCACAACCUCCCCUCGGUCCUCGUCCUCGCCUCCCACGGCCCCGUCUUCAGCUCAGGCCACGACCUGCGCGAGCUCCGCACCCCGCCCACCCCGCAAGCCGUCUCCGAAACCUUCCGGCUCUGCGCCGAGGUCAUGUCGCUGAUCCGGCGCAGCCCGGCGCUGGUCGUGGGCCGCAUCCAGGGCGCCGCCGUCGCGGCCGGCUGCCAGCUCGCGCUGACGGCGGAUUUGCCGGUGGCGCAUGCGGGUGUCAGGUUGAGGUUGCCGGGUGCGGGGUUGGGGUUGCCGUGCUCGAGUCCCGUUGCGGCGGUGGGGAGGCGGGUGGGGAAUGGGAGGGCGUUUUGGAUGUUGGCGAUGGCGGAGGAGGUGGGGGUCAGGGAGGUGGGGGAUGUGGUGAGGGUUGUGGAGGGACGGGUGGGUGUGUUGGAUCGGGAGGUGUUGCGGACGGUGGAGAGGUUGGUGGGUAUGUCGCCGCAGCAGAGCGCGAUGGGGAAGUGGGCGUUUUGGACGCAGGCUGGGUUGACGGGGAGGGAUUUUGUUGGGCCGGAUGGGGAGGAGGUUGAGGGCAGUGGGGGGGAUGGUUAUAUGGAUGCGGUUGAGUGGACGGGGAGAGUGAUGGCGUUGCACGCGAAGAGUGAGGAUGCGAAGGAGGGCAUGGAUGCGUUCUUGGAGAAGAGGAAGGCGGCUUGGUGCGGGUUUGAGAAGCAAUAGAUUGGCGAUGUUGUGAUGCAUUUCGAGGUUGGUGGCUGGGGUUAGUGAUGGAGCUGACGGGCUUGAGGCAAGAUCCGGUCACACGCUGGCAAAAGUGAAACACUUCGUUGGGGGCGGCUUAGCGUGCCCUCAGCAUAAGUUGCAAUAAUAAAUUCCCUUCCCUUUCCUUGU